AUCACUUGCAUUUCUGCCUCAGUAGGGAAAUAUGAAGCUAUACAUGGACUUUGUUUCAAGGAAGAAAAAUGCUGAAUAAGUUACUUUGUAUUUCAAAUACUGCCAGGCACAGGCAGACAUUUGCAUUGUUGGGUUUUGUUUUUUAUUAAAUAUUUACAGGGUCAAACUGACUACGCUUUGCUGAACUAUCACUUUUUGGAGCUGUAUCUUCUGAUUCUAUACCUGUACCCAAUUUGACCUCUGCUUUGCUGCAGUAACAUAUUAGGGCUAUUGUCAAAACCCAGAAUCCAAUUCUGGGCUCUCUCCAGUAGAUUUUAUAUUAACUCUGCAAUAUUUUAUUGGGGCAAUGAUGUAGCAUAUCACAUGAUAUUAGAAGGAAUGCAUAAACUGUGUUACCUUUAUACUUUAGUCAUUUCAGAGCAACAGAAACCUGAUAAUCUAAAGGGACAUGGUUCUUCCUGAAGGAUCUGUGUUUGUUAUUCCAAACACAAUCAGAAAGCUUCUUUAACCAGAAUGGCGCGCGUGUUUGUGUAUGGUACCCUUAAAAAAGGCCAACCCAACCACAGCUUCAUGACCACUCGUACCAAUGGGAGAGCAGAAUUCCAAGGCCGGGGUCGCACAGCAGAUCUCUAUCCUUUGGUGAUUGGAAGCAAACAUAAUAUUCCCUAUUUGCUGAAUGUCCCAGGAAAAGGACACCAUGUUACUGGAGAGAUCUAUUCUGUUGAUGACCAGAUGCUGCAAUUCCUUGAUGAAUUUGAAGGCUGCCCAGACACGUAUCAACGCACUCCAGUGAGGAUUGAAAUAUUAGAGUGGGAAGGUAAAAGCAGUGCACCUGAGGAGAGGCCAGCUGUUAACAGCAUUAUGGAAUGCUUUGUGUACAGCACAACUACCUACCCGCCAGAGUGGAUAAAUCUCCCUUACUAUGACAAUUAUGAUUCCUUAGGGAAACACGGCCUUCGUUAUAAUCCACGGGAAAAUAGAUGAAAAAUGGUAAGGAACAUUCGUGAGUAAGAAGAUGAAUAAAACACAUGUUGAUUAUAAGAUGACCUCAUCUUAAUUUGCCAUUAUUAUCAGGGUUUUUUUGAAAAGCAUAGCAGUAUGUUUAAGGCAGAUCAAAACUGACUUAUUAAGUCAACAUUAUGGAAAUCUACACUGGGUAUAUGAAGCUUUAAUGAAACUUAUUUUAGAGGUGAUUUUUAACACAAUGACAACAUUGUAUCAGUCAGAGUUUGUUUUAUUUAUUUGGACUCUUGCUGUCUGCUCCAAAGGUAUUAUCUUUAUUUAACGUGUUCAAAAAUAAAAGUCAAGUUGUAAAAUUUAAGUUCACCCAAUGACAUGGAUAUUGACAUUUUAUAUGUUCAUAAUUCAUUCUGUGCUAGGAUAUCAUUUUGUUGCCUUGUUUUUAAUAUUAAGAUAACUUAGGGAAUUAAUUUUUGAAAUGUGUUAUUUUGACCCACUAGACCAUAUCAAUACUGCUGAAUUGAUUCUGGCCUAUUGUACCUAGAUGUUUUUAUAAAAGCUGCUUUGGGGAUGCCUGAUUCACUGUAACAAAUCUUCAAGAGGAAUAGGCUGUACUGUGUCAGUAAGUAAUUUGGUAUAUUAGCAGGUUUAUUCUUGAUCCAUUUGCAGAAGCAGCAGAAGAAAAAUGCCUGUAAUAAAGAAAUGACCAUUCAAAACUAAACUUUUUAGGGAACUUAAACAGUAUUAGUGAUGUUUAAAUCCUGGAUCUUUAAAAAAAAAUUUUUUUUUUAAAGAUUUAUCUCGCAUAGGCUUUGUUCCCUCUCCUUUGUAGUCUAGCAAAAUAGCAAAACACCCACUUUCUGGUAGAUAAAAUCAAUCACCCAAGAUUUAGUAUGAAACUGAGGUUUAGACCGAUGCCCAGAUCCUCAGAACCAAGAAAAUGUCACUUACUCUUCUUAAAGGGGAACAACAGUGCCUGGGGGUGGGGAUAGCACAGAAAACCCAACAUGUUGGCAAUUUUUUCUUCAGACCUGACAGAAAACUUAAGCUUCGAAGUACAACAACACUUAAAAUAAUUUUAGCAAGACACGAAGUACCAAUUACCAUCCACCUCCAUUUGAUAUUUCAAGUCAGUGUAGAUUCAAAUUAAUAUAUACUUCUUUGCCUCUGCUUCCAAGCAAAGCACUAGAUGUGUACUGAGUAUUUAAGAACCAAAGAAGAAUGCAGCUAUAGCUGUCAUUGGGUGGAUUUGAACCUUCUUAACCUCUCUAGUUCCAAGUUUUACUUACUGUUAAACAAUGGUAGAUAGAGGGUGAAUGCACGCUGCAUCCCUGGAGCAAGGAAAUGAUCUUUAUUUUUAGCUUUCUUCUUAACUGAAAAUAUGCUUCACAAAAACAUAACAGCAAACAUAGCUAUUAGCUGAUGAACUAGCAAGAUCUCAACAAAGUGCUGUUGUAACAGGGCGUAGGAUAAGAAUUACUGAGCAAACAUUGUUCUUUUUACUAGCCUGGAAGAAGGGAUUAUAAUUGUAAACCAUUUCUGAGGAGCGCAGCACUGAGUACAGGCUUAGAUUUUGUCCUAUGCCUUGGAAUCCUAUAACAUAAAGGUAGUAUUGCACAUAGUUAGGAUACAAAAGACUGGUCAAAAAUUACGCUGUUGUGUUCUACAAUUAUGGAAAAAAGUCAAGAGCUUGGCUAAUCAAGGUCUAAGAUGGCAAAUUCUAGUUCAAAAUGAUCAAAGACUGGCUGAAAUUUGCACACAUUCUUAGAAGGGAUCACAGAAAAGAGUCUGGUAUUUAAAGUCUCCUGGCACAGAUUACCAUCUUGUGUACAUUGUCUUCAUUCAAAAAAAGGGCAAACUAAUAUUUAGACAAAUGUUUCAUUUUAUUGAUUUAAUUUUGACACUAGGAAAUCUCACAGCAGAAGUACAAAUCAUAUGUACAAGUAUUUAUAUCAAUACAAAUUUCCAUUGGUGAUUUUUUGGCAGAAUGUUAGUUUUGACUAUAUAUGGAAUAAAUAUGACCAUGUAAAAUCUGCUGCACAGGAGUGUUCCGUAAAAUGCCGGAAUAAAUUUGGUGCAAAAGAAUAGCAAUAAAAA